AUGGCUCUCUACAACAAUGGAGCCGAGGUGCCCUCGCCCCAGGAAGCCUCCAACGGCUUCCCCCAGCCCGGAGCCUCAGGAACGUGGCACAAGGGCGAGGAGGAGGUGCGGCUGGUGGAGCCCAGCAUGGUGAAGAAGGCUCACCGGGAAAUCCUGGACCACGAGCGCAAGCGGCGGGUGGAGCUCAAGUGCAUGGAGCUGCAGGAGAUGAUGGAGGAGCAGGGGUACUCCGAAGAGGAGAUCCGACAGAAAGUGGGGACCUUUCGGCAAAUGCUGAUGGAGAAGGAGGGUGUGCUCACCAGGGAGGACCAGCACGGGCGCCAAAUUGUGAUAGAAAACCACCACGGGGUGGAUGGGGAGGAGUACGCCGUGGAGUACCCUGACUACGGAGAGGGCUGCCUGCUGCAGUGCGACUGCUCGGCCGAGUGCUACCGCGAGGACAGCGGCCACCGCGAGUACAGGCUGAAAAGACGCUCGAGCAGCUCCACCUCUCCUCCACCCAAGAAGAAAAAGAAGAAGAAAUCAGGUCACCGCCGGAGCCGCAAAAAGAGGAAACCGGGCUCAGAGCGCAGCUGUGACAGCUCUUCACCCAUCCGCAAGGAAAAGAAAAAGAAGACUGGAAAGAAACACAGACGUGACAGGUCUGAAUCGGGGUCACGAAAAAAGAGAAGACACAGGUCCCGAAGCCCCAAGAACAAACGGAAAGAGAAAAACAAAGAGCGCAAGAGGUCCCGCAGCGAGUCCCCGGCCUGGCGCUCGCACCGCCGCAGCUCCUGCAGUUCCCACAGCGCCUCGCUCUCCUCCGACGACAGCGGCCCUAAAUCCCCCGGCAGGCUGAGCCCCAAGCGCCGGCAGGAUGGCCCCAAGGGCAGCAGCGCCCGCUCCAGCCGCAGCCCGUCCUCCCCCUCGCCCCAGCGCUCGGCCUCGCCGCACCAGAACGGGCACAAGGGCAGCGCCCAGAACGGCCGCCACAGCCACGGCGCCGCGCUCCCGGAGCCCUCGGAUAGGCCGGCCUCGGCGUCCCCCUCUCCGCGGGCUCACGGCAGGACGGAGCCGCCGUCCCCCCGCACCCGGGGCGGCCGACACGGCGCCCGCAGCCCCCGCUCGCCCACGCCGGAGCGGGCCAAGCACGGCCACCGGCAUCGCUCCCGCAGUGCCUCUCCGCCGUCCCGACACCGCGGCCAGAGCAAGGGGCGGCCCCCGGCGCCCCGGGAGCCGCCGCCGCCGCCGCUCAGCCCCGCCGGCUACAGCAGCGACUCGGAGGGCUCGGCCGGCUCCCACCCCUACCACCCGCCGGCCGGCCCCGACAGGAACCACGGCGCGCACGGCAAGAAGGUGAAGGAGCGGCACCACCGCGGCCGGCCCAACAGCAGCUCGGAGUCGUCGGCCAAGCACUCCCGGCACGCCUCGGAGCGCAGGAAGAGCCCGUCCCGCAGCCCGGGCCAGCGCAGCAGCUCCUGGAGCUCCAGCGGCUCCCUCUCCAAGUCCCGCUCCCGCUCCCGGGAGAAGAGAGCAGGACGGAGCCGCUCCCGCUCGCCCUCGCCGAAAAAGCCAGCCAGCAGAGAGAAGGACAACGAGCCCCGAACACGUCACGGUGAUCCCGACCCCGCCCGCCCCCGGCGCCGCUCCAGGAGCUACUCCCCCAUCAGGAAGCGGAGACGUGACUCGCCCAGCUUCAUGGAGCCCAGGAGGAUCACCAGCGCACGCAAGCGGCCCAUCCCCUACUACCGGCCCAGCCCCUCGUCCUCCAGCUCGCUGAGCACCUACUCGUACAGCCGGAGCCGCAGCCGCAGCUACGACAGCUACAGCUCCAGCCGCAGCCGCAGCCGGACUCGCAGCCCCCCCAGCCGCUCCCGCAGCCCCAGCCGCAGCCCCAGCUACAACAGCCGCAGCAGCUCGGAGAGCGCCGGCUUCUGAGCCCCCCCGGCACCCGGCCGCAGCCCCCCGACAGCCCAGCUCUGCCCCCUCCAUGCCACCUGCGCCCCCAGAAGGGUCGGGACCACCGGGGAGGUGGAAAGGAGCCGGG